AUGCACUGCUUCCCCGAUCCCCCCAUCACCCAGGAGACCUCCUCCAGCAGCCAGCAGGCCACCACGUCCGCACCCAGCGGCCCCGACACCCUGGUGGUGGCUCCUACCACCACCACGCCCGCCCGCGUCACGGGCCGCGCUACCAACGCCAGCCCGGGAAACCCGCAGAACAAGACUAUUCUUAACCCGGCGGUGGUUCCCGUCCCCGUCACCCCUAAGAAUCACCGCGUAGCCGAUCUCUCAGCGCCUGAGCAUGGCAGCAGCGGCAGCACGCUUUCCGCUCUGACCCCGGACAGCGUGCGCGUGCGCAAGAUCGCCUCGUCGCCCGACGGCGUGGUGUUCGUCGACCGCCGCGGCGACGGUCGCCAUCAUCGCGACGGCCGCGGCUACGCGUCCACCCUCGAGUCCUGGGAGACGGCCGCCAUGUUCAGCGACCUCGGCGGGAUCCACCCGGAUAACACGCCUGUUUUUUCGUUCGGCGACCGACAGGAUAUCAACGUGAACUCGGCCGGUGGUGGUGGUGUUGGUGUUGGUGGUGGAAUCCGAUCUUGGUUUGCGGCUGCGGAGCCGGUUGAAUACGAUCUCGAGCAUCAAUCGCUCCUCCCAAGCACCUCCUCCGCGGUGUUCGCGCCCGAGAGCCACCGCUCCGACGCCCGCCUCCGCCGACGACGCCUCGUGGACCACCCGGCGCAGGCCCCCUCGUUCUGGGACUACAUGAGCCGCACCGAGAUGGCCGUCACCUGCGUCGUUCUCGCCCUCGUGAUCCUGGGUCUCGUAUGGAACGUCGUCAAUCUGCUCCAGAGCUACUACACGUGA